AUGGCAAUCACAACACGCUCAGGCUCCAAGAGCCCAGUCAAGAAAUCCUCUUCCAAGACGAACUCUGAAAGCCCACAACAAGAUCCGUUAAAGCAUUUCAUCCUCCCGAAAGACAUAUCCGUCCGAUCCCGCUUCCUCCUCUUGCGACAUCCUCGCGACUCGAACAUCCAGCGGUUCUUGUUUUGCUCAGAGAAGGGGCUAUAUCAGUUCACAAAAGUCAGCCCACCAUCAACCGGACCCCGAAGUCUUCUAUUCACACCGCUCGAACCUGAACGCGCCGAGAGCCACGCAGCAGAUGACACAGAUCAGUCUGAAGCUCCGAGUGAAGCGAGUCUAUCUAAUCAGGAUGGCUAUGUCAGCAAGACCGCCGAAUUCUUCGUGGCAACCCCGUUUGACCUUGCUUUCAUCCUUCUGCCUCUCGUUAUGUCCAGAAACCUGUUCCAGCCGAUAGACGACUUGCUCGAGGAGCACAUGCGUGAAAACAAACACCUGAAAUACUUGUUCGAACAUGGCAGACAUAUGGUCGAGGAGGCAAUGUCCCGGUUUUGCGACACGAUACAAGCAGGAGAUGAGCAAAUGUUCAGAACCAGUGAGGACAAAAUAUUGCGGAUGCUGAUACAGAAAGGCGACGCUGCCAUGACACGGGGCUUGCCCUUUACCUUGGAAGAGAAGUUCGUGACCAGAGCCUUGGAAGCACCUAUACUAAGCGUCAAGCGAGAAGACACAACCAUAUCCGCAAUUAAAACGAAGUCAAAUGCAACAGCGCCAGACGAAGAGAACGACGACGAAAAUGCCUCUGAGGUGUUUGAUUCUCAGUCAUCUGCUGCGAGUAUAGCACCAUCUUCGGUAUUUUCAGAGGUCUCUACCACGACCUCCGUGAGCACAUUAGUCCCCGAAACGAUAUCUCCGGAGCUACUUGAGCUGCAAAAGAAACGGACGGUCUUAGACUUCCUCAUUGAAUCCUACGUGCCAGACGCGAUAGGGGAUAAGCUAAGAGCCCGACUUGCUGCCAAAGGUUCGCCAAUCAAUUUCACUCCUCUCGAUGGUCACCUCAGUUCGCUAGCAGCACUCCGAGCCGAAGCGUUGUUGUCACGGUCUAUCAGCGACUUCAGCCGGAAGAGGGGUUUGGAAGAUGACGAGACUGCUGAGCUGAGAGCCGAGAAGAAGAGGAAACAGGAGGAAGAGGACAAACGGAAGAGGUUGGGAGAAUCCAACGGUGUCCGCGCGUUGAAGAAAGUCGAUGUCUCUGGGAUGAAGAAGAUGAGUGCCUUCUUUGCGAAGAAGCCUGCCGCCAAAGUCGCUUGA